UUCAGCACUCUUUCGACGACAGCAAGAAUGAAUGCCAGUGAACUUCUCGCAAACACCCUAUCGCCAGAUCAACAUACGCGUCAAGAUGCCGAAGAGAAACUCGAGAGCGCGGCCCGGGAGAACUACCCCGCAUACAUGAUGAUGCUCAGCGCCGAACUCGUGAACGACGCUUCCCAGUCACACGUAAGAAAUGCUGCUGGUCUUGCGUUGAAGAACGCCAUCUCCGCGAGGGAUGCUACACGGCAACAAGACUACUCGAACCGAUGGCUUGCACUCGACACCGCCGUGCGGUCACAGAUCAAAGAAAAAGCUCUGCAAGCACUCGCGUCCACGAAUUCGCGCGUGGGCCAGGUCGCCGCACAGUUUGUGGCCGCAAUCGCUGCGGUUGAGCUUGCCGUUGGUCAAUGGAGCGAUCUCAUCGAAAUCCUACUCGGCUUUGUGAACAACCAGGCCAACAGUCCGCUGCGUGUAGCAACUUUACAAGCGAUUGGGUACAUUUGCGAGUCGAUAAAACCCGAGAUACUGGCCCUUCGCGCAAAUGAGAUCCUCACGGCCGUCAUCCAUGGCGCACGGAAAGAGGAACCUUCGUCAGAAGUGCAACUAGCAGCCAUCUCUGCGCUUUAUAACUCUCUGGAGUUCGUUCGUGAUAACUUUGAACGCGAGGGCGAGCGCAACUACAUCAUGCAAGUCGUCUGUGAAGCAACUCAAAACCCUUCGGUUCCCGUGCAAGUAGGCGCGUUUGAGUGCCUGGUCAAGAUCAUGACUCUGUACUACGAGAAAAUGGCGUUCUACAUGGAGCGUGCCCUUUUUGGUCUGACAGUUAUGGGCAUGAAGCAUCAGGAGGAAUCAAUCGCUUUACAAGCGAUUGAGUUCUGGUCGACUGUGUGCGAGACCGAAACCGACCUUGCCUGGGAAGCUGCCGAGGCCCAUGAAUAUGGCGAGGUUCCUGAGACUGAAAGCAAGUUCUUUGCAAAGGUUGCAUUGCCUGAGAUUCUUCCCGUGCUUCUGCAGCUGUUGACGCGUCAGGAGGAGGACGCUGACGAGGAUGAGUGGAACGUUUCAAUGGCAGCGGGUACCUGUCUUGGUCUGCUUGCACAGUCUGUCUCGGACAACAUCGUGCCGCUCGUCAUCCCCUUCAUCGAGGCUAACAUUCGUUCGCAAGACUGGCAUCAGCGCGAGGCGGCGGUUAUGGCCUUUGGUUCAAUCCUCGAUGGGCCGGAUCCACAAGUUCUCACACCGCUUGUCAAUCAAGCACUCCCUAUUCUCAUCGACAUGAUGGCCGACCAAACCGCGCAUGUUCGUGACAGUGUUGCUUGGACUCUUGGCCGCAUCUGCGAGCUCCUCAGCGACGCAAUCAAGCCCGACAUUCACCUCCGUCCACUUGUUGCCGCGCUUGUCCAAGGCUUGCGUGACAACACGCGUAUCGUUGGCAACUCGUGUUGGGCACUCAUGCAACUCACCAACAACCUCAGUUACUCGGAAGAGGAGCCGCAACAGCCUAGCCCGCUUGCUCCCUAUUACGAGGGCAUUGUGAUGGCCCUCCUCCACACUACGGAAACUGCGAGCAACGAGGGCAACUACCGCACGGCCGCUUACGAGGCUAUUACGUCUUACAUUCAGCACGCGACACCCGAGACAGUCGAUGUUGUGCCAAAAAUUGCAGUCACGACCCUGCAGCGUAUGGAGCAACUUCUUGCAAUGCAGAACCAGAUCCUCGGCGUCGAUGACCGCAACAACUGGAAUGACCUUCAGAGCAAUUUCUGCAGCGUGCUCAUCAGUGUUGUGCGCAAGCUCGAGAGUGGGAUUCAGCCUCUUGCGGACCGUAUUAUGACACUCGUUCUCCAGCUCACUCAAGCUGCAGGCAAGACCUCAACUGUUCUCGAGGAUGCAUUCCUCCUGGUCGGUGCCAUGGCUAAUGCUCUUGAGCAAAAUUUUGCGCCAUACAUGAACGCCUUCCUGCCUUUAUUAUACCCCGCGUUGAAGGCACAUGAAGACGCACAGCUGUGCACCGUUGCUAUCGGCGUUAUCGGUGACCUUUCACGUGCCCUCGGCGACCAGAGCGCGCAGUAUGCGGGUGCAUUCAUGGGUGUUCUCCUCGAGAACCUGCAGAGCGACGUCCUCAACCGCAAUGUCAAGAUCACUAUUCUGUCCUGUUUUGGUGACAUUGCGCUCGCAGUUGGCCCUGCGUUCGAGCCUUACCUCGCGACAACGAUCGGGGUCCUUCGCCAGGCGGGUGCCAUCACGCCGAACCCGCUUGACAUCGAACUCGUCGAGUACGUCCAGCAGCUUCGCGAGGGCAUUGUUGAGGCGUACACCGGCAUCGUUGGCGGCCUUAAGAACACCGACAAGGUGCAAUUACUCCUGCCGCAUGUGCCCGCCAUCCUUGAGCUCGUGCAGAAGUGUCUUGCUGACAGCGAGCGCACGGAGACUAAUGUCAAACUUGCAAUUGGCCUCGUCGGUGACCUCGCGGAUACAUUCCCGAAUGGCGAGAUCAAGCAAUACCUCCUCGCAGAAUGGGUCGCAUCCGAACUGCGAGCACGUGGUCGCUUUGCACCAGACACCAAAAAGACCAUUCGCUGGGCUCGUGAAGUGGUCAAGCGUGCAACUGCAUAGGUCCUUUCCUCAUGAUUUCCUCUCGUGCAGUAAUUCCGUUCGCGAAUAUGUCUGAUGCCCGUAAUGCCCACCCCAUGCCACACGCCUCUGAAGGAGGCAUCAUCAUGCACACAUGCAGUAGAGUUCGUGGCCCAUAGCGCCACAUAUUCCCGGCAGGACUGUUCUUUUGAUUUUGUUUGCUUUCCAUUACAUCUUCCUCCUCUCUCACAUCCUCUCUUUUCGCCCCGUCUAUCUCACACGUGCCUGUUAUCAAUGUAUCAUUGGGCUUUGCAAUCCUGUUUUCGUGGCUAUCGUGGCGAUGCAUCUUAUUAGUUUGAUAAUCUUCGCUGUACGACUUCCGACGCCUUGUCUUUCGUCGACUACUAUAACUCCUGAAGGGAGACCGUCUUACUCACCGCGCCCUACCAACGUGUAUCUUGUUGUUCAAUAGUAUUCACUCUGAAAUCUG